GCACACUGAGAUGCUCGCACCUCGCCAUGCAGUGUGUUUAACAGAGUGCUGAAACCUACCGGGCAGUGACAAUCCUAGGAGAAGCUCCGCCACAUGCACCGUCUGCGAAACGGGAAGCGGCAGUUAGAUGCACUUGGAAUACCGGUUGGUGAACUGUCACAGAGUUAACGGCCACAGACGAGGCAUUAUCACCGCGAAAGCGUUAACCACGCGCCAGUCAUAAAACGUAGCCUUCAUGACUGCAAUUCAUUAAACUAUGGCAAUUGUCGCACUUGAUUGAUUUUAUUAUUAUUAUUAUUAUUAUAUCGAGUGGACAAUUCUUCUCCGUUUGAAAAAAUAUUGUAAAUUGACAUUUCGUUAAAUAGGAUCACGGACGAUGGAAGACAGUUUCAGAAGAAGCUUUUCGUCUACAUAGGCUGCAACAUCGGGCUCUUCUGAAAUACUUCACUAUUGRACCCCGAUUACUGAAUUUCAAUCUUUCAACCCAACUUUACCAAGACUUGACUGGGACCAGACAGUAUGAGGUUAAAAAGCUCCUACUGGCUUCUGAUAUGUUUCUUGGUGAGCGGAACUGUUGCCAGGGAGACCAGCUCUGAGCCUGCUAGCCCAGACACAUCUCUCAGGCCUGUCCUGACCAUAAUGGAGGACGAGAGGCAGACCAUGACCGAGGGUCAAUACAGAUGUCUUGAACUGUUCAGCCGAGAUCAGCAGCACAACAGAACAGGUGUGUUCUGUAGCCGAAUGUGGGAUGGCUUGCUGUGUUGGGAUGAGACUCCGGUGGCGACCUACGCCACACAGAACUGCCCAGAUUACCCUGGCCUGGACAUCUCUGGAAAAGUGUCAAAAUAUUGUGAUGAAUCUGGCAAUUGGGUCCAAAGUCCCUCCAUUAAUAGGACCUGGUCCAAAUGUCUGAUGCUCUCCAAGGACAAAUUAAAGGUAAUUGGAGAUUGA